CCUUUGGUGCUCCCUUCCAACUCCACAGUUCUAGGAUUCAUUGACUGGCAGAGGCUCUCCAGGGUUUCCCAGCCUGACCUGGAGAUGCCAGUGGGGACUGAAACUGGGACCUUCUGUAGUGGCUCCUUCCCCGCCCCACCCAUCCUUCGCAAACUCCAUUCCUAUCCCCAAAAUGAAGCACUCAAGAAUCUUCAGCCUUCCCUUGAGGGAAAACUGUCCCUCCAUCCUCCUUGAGCAUGGGAAAUUCCAUAAUCAAUGCUCAGGAGAACAAAGAUGUUUUGGAAGCAGCAGCUGCAGCAGCCCCAUGGACUUUGGGCUCUGCAGAUGGCAUCCCACGUGGCCAGGCGCUGCCAGGGAAGGAUCCUCACCUGGGGUCUGCUGCUCUGCUCCUUUUGGCCUGUACCUUUAAGCUCCCACACCCACACCUUCCUCCCCCUCCCCCUCCCCCUCCCCCUCCUCCUCUCACCUUCCCUGCCCAACAAAACCUCCCCUCCAGAGCCAGAGACAGAGGGGAGCGGAUGGAGCAUGGCCGGUGGCUGCAGCCAGGUGAGCUCUGCUGAAACGACCGCCCUGGGCCAGGCAGGACAAGCAUGGAGCCGCCAGUAGUCCCUGCUGGGAAACCAGUGCUGGGGGGAGAGAAGUGCCGCCCUGUUGCUGGGGGAGGCAGCACCCGCUGCAGGCUGACCCUGGUCUCCAUCCUCCUGGGUGCCAUCACGGCCAGCUGUGGUGCGAUCCUGAUGGCCUUCCUGGUGAAGCAGGAGUUCCUGGCAGAUCACCUGGUGGAGCUGCAGGGCCUCCGUUAUGAGAGCAGCCUGCAGUGCCCGAGCUCCAACUAUCACCGCACCUUGACCCCCGUCCUGGAGAGGCUGUUUAAAAGCAGCUUUAAGAACUCAGCCCUGGAAGGGACCUGUGACAGGUGCUCCGUCUUGCAAUACAGGAAGGGCAAUGCCAGCAUCCUCGUCCACUUCCGCCUAUGGUUCUCCUUGCAGCCGCUCAGCCCAGACGCAGAAGAGCAGGCGCUGGAGAGGGGCCUGGCAGCUGCGCUGGGCAAUGGAGGAAUCGCCCUGCCCUCCUACGGCACCAUCUGGGCAGCCUCUCUCACAGGGCUGAGCAGCGACUCCCCUUCAGGAACAGGACUGAAAUCAGGCACCUGCCCAGGGACAGCCUUCACCUGCCACAGCGGCCAGUGUGUGCCACGUGAGAACGUGGAGUGCGAUGACCGGAGUGACUGCCUGGACGGCUCCGAUGAGGCAGAGUGCGACUGUGGGUCUCGCCCGGCCAUGCAGGCAGCCAACCGGAUUGUCGGGGGGUCGGAGGCCACUCGGGGGGAGUUCCCCUGGCAAGUCAGCCUGCGGGAGAACAACGAGCACUUCUGUGGGGCCACAAUCCUGGCUGCCAAGUGGCUGGUGUCUGCAGCACACUGCUUCAACGAGUUCCAGGAUCCGGGCACCUGGACGGCCCAUGCAGGCACUGUCUGGCUGAGCGGCAGCGAGAGCAGUGCAGUGAAGACUGGUGUGAGCCACAUCCUCAAGCACCCCUCCUAUGACACAGACACGGCUGACUAUGAUGUGGCGCUGCUGGCGCUCUCUGAGCCUUUGCCCUUCGGCAAGUACGUCCAGCCCGCCUGCCUGCCGGCCUCCAGCCAUAUCUUCCCCUCUGGCAAGAAGUGCUCCAUCUCCGGCUGGGGUUACCUCAAGGAGGACUUUUUGGUGAAGCCGGAGCUGCUGCAGAAGGCUGUGGUGGAGCUGUUGGACCAGACACUAUGCGCCAGCCUGUACAGCAACGCCCUCACCGACCGGAUGCUGUGUGCCGGCUACCUGGAGGGCAAGGUUGACUCCUGCCAGGGGGAUUCUGGGGGCCCACUGGUCUGUGAGGAGCCCUCAGGCCGCUUCUUCCUGGCCGGAAUCGUCAGCUGGGGCAUUGGCUGUGCGGAGGCCAAGCGCCCAGGGGUGUAUGCCCGGGUCACCAGGCUGCGGAACUGGAUCCAUGACACCAUGGCCACGUUCACGGCCCCACCAGGCCUCACCCUCCCCUCGACGGCCUCCACCACCCUCCUCCCUCUGGUGUCCACCAAGGGCACCACCACCACCACUGGCAAACCCCUACCCAGCCCCACCACGACCGGGGGCAGGCCAGCUGCCACAGUACCACGGCCCCAAGAGUGCGGCCGCCGGCCCGGCUUCUCCAAGCCCAUCAAGAUUGUGGGGGGCCUGGAUGCCUCUCGCGGGGAGGUCCCCUGGCAGGUCAGCCUGAAGGAGGGGCUGCACCACUUCUGUGGGGCCACCAUCAUCGGGGAACGGUGGCUCCUUUCAGCUGCCCACUGCUUCAACCACACCAAGGUGGAGUACCUGACAGCCUUUGCAGGCACCACCUGGCUGUCGGCGGCAGACAGCAGCUCUGUGAAGGUGAGCGUAAGGCAGGUGGUGCUGCACCCCUCCUACAACCCGGCCCUGCUGGACUUUGACGUGGCCGUCCUGGAGCUGGAGCGCCCCCUCCCCUUCGGCAAGGUCAUCCAGCCCAUCUGCCUCCCUCUGGCCGUCCACAAGUUCCCUGUGGGCAGGAAGUGCAUGAUCUCCGGCUGGGGAAGCCUCCAGGAAGGCAAUGCCUCCAAGCCAGAGAACCUCCAGAGAGCCUCUGUGGGAAUAAUUGACCAGAAAACCUGCAAUGUCCUCUACAACUUCUCCCUGACAGAGCAGAUGAUCUGUGCUGGGUUCCUGGACGGGAAGGUUGACUCCUGUCAGGGCGACUCGGGGGGGCCCCUGGCCUGUGAGGAGACGCCAGGUGUGUUCUACCUGGCGGGGCUGGUCAGUUGGGGGGUCGGCUGUGCGCAGGCCAGGAGACCCGGUGUCUACGCCCGCAUCACCAAGCUCAAGGCCUGGAUCCUGGAAACUAUCUCACCAUGCCCCAGCACCACAACCAAGGCCGCGACCACAUCCAGCACCACAACCAGUGGCAGCGCCUCCUCCUCCUCCUCCUCCCCCAGCCUGCCUUUGGCUAGUCAAAGGACCACCCAGGCCAGCCUCAGGGUCACCCCCAGCACAGCCAGGCCACCAACCAACACCCCGAGAGCCACCCAGUUCGCAGCUGUGCCCUGCACCCCAUCCACCUUCAAGUGCUCUGGCAAAGUCUGCAUUGGGAAAGCGAACCCUGAAUGUGAUGGCGUCAUGGACUGCAGCAACGGCAGGGACGAGGCCAACUGCAACUGUGGCUCAACCUCUUUGGCCUUCAGCAAGAUCGUGGGGGGCAGUGGCGCAGCACGAGGAGAGUGGCCGUGGCAAGCGAGCCUGUGGCUGCGGAGGAAGGAGCACAAGUGUGGGGCGGUGGUGGUGGCUGACCGCUGGCUUCUCUCGGCUGCCCACUGCUUCGAUGUCUACAGCGACCCCAAGAUGUGGGUGGCCGUCCUGGGGACACCCUUCCUGAGCGGCCUGGACGGGCGGGUGGAGAAGGUGUUCCAGAUCCACAAGCACCCCUUCUACAACAUCUACACACUGGAUUACGAUGUGGCGCUGCUGGAGCUGGCCUCCCCGCUGAGCUUCACCAGCACCGUCAAGCCUAUCUGCCUGCCAGACCACGCCCACCUCUUCGGCCAGGGCGCCCGCUGCGUCAUCACCGGCUGGGGCUCCACCAAGGAGGGAGGGCUGAUGGCAAGGCAGCUGCAGAAGGCGGCCGUCAACCUCAUCGCGGAGCAGGACUGCCGCCGCUUCUACCCCGUCCAGAUCAGCAGCCGGAUGGUCUGCGCCGGGUUCCUGCAGGGGUCCGUUGACAGCUGCUCUGGUGAUGCUGGCGGCCCCCUGGCCUGCAAAGAGGCUUCAGGAAGGUGGUUCCUGGCGGGCAUCACCAGCUGGGGCUACGGCUGCGCCCGCCCUUACUUCCCGGGGGUCUACGCCCGAGUGACAGCCGUGCGGGGCUGGAUUGCGCAGAACCUCAAGGCGUGACUCAGGGAAGAGGCAGGGAAGUGGGGCCUGGCCGGAAGAUGGAAAAGCAACUCUCCUUUGGAAGACCCUAUGCCUUAAACCAACAGAAGCACUUUUAGAACAUGUUUUCUCUGAAUAAAGAGGCUCGCCUGCCUCACUUGGACUUCACAAAAAGGGCAGGAUGAAGUUCCCCCUUCCUCUCCUGGCCUGUCCACUCUAUCACCCCAUGAUCUCUGGCCAUGACUCUUGUGGAAGGAGGGCAGGUGACCCCAAGCCGCCUCUUGGGAACACAGGCUGAAGGACGGUUGGACAGACAGGGAUCCUUGCCUCAGGAAGAAAGCGUUUCCCUUGGACAGUCUGGCCAGAGACACUGCCUCGACGUCCCUUCCCGCCGUAGCUUGGCACCUGGGUGGGGGGGCUCUGCCUUGUGCCGAAGGGCUGGAUGUGGGGUGGCCUCAAGCCUUCUCUGUGCAAAGUGAGCAAGAGAAGCGCUCGCAGGAGGCCAGAGCAACGGACAAUUAAACAAACCCCUUUGUGGA